UAUUUGUAUCAUAUCUACCUAAAAUCCUCGGAUUCAUUCGUCAUUUAUUGGACUCGGUCAGACGGUGUGACCUUUUAGAAAAAAGAAGACCUACAAUUCUCACCCAUAGCAUUUAUAAACAGCAGCUUUCCAUUACCUAUCUACCUGUCUAACACAGCAUCCCAUCGAAAUCAUUCGACCGUGAUAAGAAAUCCCGAUAUAGACGUAACACGGCUUAAUACGGCACGGGUGUCUCAGUGCAACACCAUCCAUCAUCGCUCUCAGCCGCUUUCGAGAAGGAGCAUGACGAUCCAGACCCGCAACCCAAACUUCCAGAGUCCAAGUCAUUCAUCCUAGCAUUUCCCUCCUAGUCUCCCCCAGCUUCCCCAGCACCUGCCAUCCUACCAUCCAAGUGCCCAGCCAUUACUCGCAUAGUCCUCCACUGAAUGAAACCUUUCCUCAGUGGCUCCAUUCUAACAUAUAUUCCCCGACUUGACUCAACUCUAACCUAGGUCGACCCUCCACUACCGUAGCUUGACUACACAACAUGUCCUCCCUUGAGGCCAAGAUCGUCGUCCUCGGCUCCCAGGGCGUCGGCAAGACAUCGCUAGUAACGCGGUAUUGUAAAGGCGCCUUCAAUCCCGCUCAGAAUACUUCUACCGUUGGCGCUAGUUUUAUGACCAAGAGGGUCCUCGACGGUGACACUGACACUGUCGUUCGAUUACAGAUAUGGGAUACAGCUGGACAGGAACGAUUCCGUUCGAUAUCGCGGCUCUACUACCGCGGAGCUAACGCCUGUAUCCUCUGCUACAGUAUCACCGACGCCCAAUCCUUCGCCGAGAUGGGCGUGUGGCUGACGGAAUUACGCCGUAAUCUGCCACCCGAUAUCGUUCUCCACGUAGUAGGAACCAAGGCCGAUAUCGUCGCCCGCGACCCCACGCGUCGCGAAGUGCCUUUCGAACGGUGCAUAGCAUACGUCGCCGAGAACCUUGCCCCAGGCCUCGGAUCGACACCACCACCAACCGCAACGCCAUCAGGUCUAACUACCCUACCACUGGGACCAGGCGUGAGCCAGUCCAGCAUAGUAGUCACGCCCGCCGCGUCGAGCGCCCAGGAACCCCGUAGCCCGAGUAGUAAACGAAGCAGCGGGUUCUGGGGCCAAGAGGUUGGCUGGGACGCUUGCCACGAGAUCAGCGCCGAGAGCGGCGAGGGCGUGGAAGAGGUAUUCCGGGUCGUGACGCGCAAGCUCGUCGAGCAGAACCGCAAGAUGCAGCAGGCUAUCCUAGCUGCCACCGCGACGCCCGGUACUCCCGGGUACGAGAGCGGUGUGGAUGGGGGGUACUUCGACGGCGCAAACCCCCGCGGUAGCUUCCGCGUCGGCAAAGAUCGUCGGAGUUGGCUGUUUUCCUCCCCGAACUUCUCGCCGGCUGUUACGGUGGAAAAUCCGAAUGCGGGCGGUGCGGAACACCAGGGACAAGGAGAAGAGCAGGGACGGAGGGGGAGACGGUGUUGUUGAUGGCCCAGUUAUCUUAAUGGAACUGCGAGGGACUACGAAAGCAUGACCGAUUCUUAUUUAACAACAGUCGUAUUAAAGGUGGCCUUCUACGGGCCUAGGGGGCGGUAGUCUUUUUCAGAUCACUGCUUGGUCUAGGUAAAAGAGGUUUCCACGACAUUAUAUAGUCAAGGAAGGGUGAUGAAAUAUCGUCUAUCGACAUCAAGCACGGCGUUUGGAAAUGCAUAUUUAGGGUCGGCAUCCGGGUUCAGGUCCGGUCAGGGUCAGGGUCAGGUCAGGUUAGGUUAGGUUGGUCUCGGAUCCUGGAGUUUGUGUAUGCAUUGCCGUGGUUCCUGGUCACGAGGAGCAUAUCGAUUGGUUCUUUACGCGAUACGAAUGGAUUAUGAAUUGUUAUUAUUCCUGGUCACUUGGCUCUUCACUGUUGUUGCAUGUUUUGUUCGUUGGGCUGUUGCUUGUGGUGCAUUUUGGUUGGUGAUUUGCAUGUGGUAUCUCUGGAAGGGGCACCUAUCUAUGUAGCUCGAGGAAUAAUUAGUUAUUCUUAGCGGUAUGGAGUUAUGUAUGUGCAUGCUUAGUCCUGAUUGCAACGAAUAUAAUUCAAAGCUCGUGGAGGAAUUGUA